GAUGCCGGCAGUCAGCAGAUCGGAUUCCUGUUGGGCAGCUGUGGCGUUACCGUGGCGCUGACCAGCGACGCCUGCCAUAAGGGACUGCCCAAGAGCGCAACAGGAGAGAUCCCGCAGUUCAAAGGUUGGCCCAAGUUACUGUGGUUCGUAACGGAGUCGAAGCACCUUUCCAAACCUCCCAGAGACUGGUUCCCACACAUCAAAGACGCAAACAACGACACUGCGUACAUAGAGUAUAAAACCUGUAAGGACGGCAGCGUGCUGGGAGUCACGGUGACGAGGAUCGCUCUGCUCACACACUGUCAGGCGCUCACACAGUCCUGCAGCUACACCGAGGCGGAGACCAUCGUGAACGUUCUGGACUUUAAGAAGGAUGUGGGCCUGUGGCACGGCAUCCUGACGAGCGUGAUGAACAUGAUGCACGUGAUCAGCGUGCCAUACUCGCUGAUGAAGGUCAACCCGCUGUCAUGGAUCCAGAAAGUGUGCCAGUACAAAGCCAAGGUAGCGUGUGUGAAGUCCAGAGACAUGCACUGGGCUCUGGUGGCCCACAAAGACCAGAAGGACAUCAACCUGAGCUCGCUGCGCAUGCUGCUGGUGGCCGACGGAUCAAACCCCUGGUCCAUCUCCUCCUGUGACGCCUUCCUCAACGUCUUUCAGACCAAAGGGCUGAGAGCCGACGUCAUCUGUCCCUGCGCCAGCUCGCCCGAGGCCCUCACAGUGGCCAUCAGGAGGCCGGUGGAGGACAGCAGCCAGCCUCCGGGACGAGGUGUCCUGUCCAUGCAGGGUCUGACCUACGGCGUCGUCAGGGUGGACACAGAGGAGCGCCUCUCAGUGCUCACCGUGCAGGACGUCGGCACAGUCACACCAGGAGUUUUAUUCCCGGCCAUCACGCCGGCCGACAUUAAUCCCAAUCUAAGGUGA